GAAAUGCUCAUGUAACAGUUAGUUCUAACAUCUAACAUUUAUAUUGAUUAAACAAUUAUAAACUUUGAGUUUUUUUAUAAUUUUUUCUAUUAUUAUAUAAUAUUUUGAUUAUGCUAUUUAUAAAUAUUUCUACAAAUAGUGCUUAUAAAUAUACUAACAUUAAUAUAAAAUAAUAUAUUAAAAUAAUAUAAUUAAUAAUAUAAAAUAAAAGAUUUAAAAUGCAAUAAACAUAUUAUAAAAUAUUUAUUUUCUUGAAUAAUUUAAUUUUUUCAAAUUUUUGUUCUUUUAAAAGAUAAAAAUGAUGAAAAUAAUCUAUAUAUGAAAUAUAAAAAAUAAAAAAACAAUAUGGAAAUAGCAAAGGAAUUAGUAUUAAAUUUAAAACAAAGUAAUUGUUCACAUGCAGGAUAUGGUUUACAAAAAGAAUGCGAAGCCCUUUUGGGUCACAUUUUACAAAAUGUAAUAAAGUCUCAAUUACCAGAAUUAAUUUUUGAAGUAAAAAAUGAAGAAGAUUCCAUUCAAUUUAGAGAAGAAGGAAAUCAACAUUUCGUAAUGGGCGAUGAUAACGAAGCUAUAAAAUAUUAUACAAUGAGUUUGGCAUAUGCAAAUAAUAAUGAACUUAUGUCAUAUGCUUAUGCCAAUCGAUCUGCUGCUUUGUAUAGAAAACAAUUAUUUAAAGAAUGUUUGAUAGAUAUUGAUGCUGCUUUAAAUCUUGGAUAUCCAGAAGAAAAAAGAAAAAAAUUAAAAGAGAGAGGAAUUAAGGCAAUUGAAGAAAUUAAAAAAAAAUUGAAACUUACAAAUAAUGAUCAUAUUGAUUCAGAAACAUUUACAAAUAUGUGUUUAUCAGAAAAUAUAAAUAAUGAAUCAGAAAGAUCUUUUACUGUAAAAUAUAGAAAUGGUGAAACAAAACUUUCAGAUAUAAAUAAAAAUUUUAACAUUAAUGACAAAAAAGAUACAAUGCAUAGUUUGAACAAAAUAUCUAAAAAUAAUGAAGAAAAACAGCCAAGAUACUUAGCAGAUGAAGGUCCUUUAAAAUUAAUUUAUGGUCCAAGUAAAGAAGCUCCAGGAAUCAGUGAUGGUAUCAGCAUUUCUUUUUCUGAAAAAUAUGGACGUCAUUUAGUAGUUACAAAAGAAUUUAAACCAGGAGAUAUAAUUACUAUUGAAGAUCCAUAUGCAUAUGUUAUUUACACACAAAGAUAUUAUACUCAUUGUCAUCAUUGUUUAUCAAGAAGCUAUAAUUUAAUUCCUUGUUUACAUUGCCCUGUGGCUCAAUACUGUUCAGAAAAAUGUAGAAUAUUAGCUUGGGAAAUGGCUCAUGAUAUAGAAUGUCCAAUUAUGGCAUUAAUUGGAAAUUUACUUCAUGUUGAUAAAGAUAAGAUACGAAUGCUUACCAAAAUUAUUAGAUUUCUGAUCAUAGUAACAUCAAAAGGUAAAAAUAUCAAUGAAUUGCGAGCUGACAUGAAAUUAGCUGAAUCUAAUCCAGAUAAUAGAACUGCAGGAUUUACAGAUGAAGACAUAUUGGAUAGUACCAGUGCACGAUCUGCUUUGAGUCUUGCUACCAAUAUGACAAUGAGACCACUCAUUGGAAUCAGUGCCUUUGCUUGUAUUUCAGCUCUCGCGGCUAUCCUUUUAGCCACACAGACUAAUUUCUUCUGCAAUAAAUAUGAAGUGAACCAAUUAAAAGACAUUAACAAUUAUUCAGACAUUAUAUUUUGUAGCAGCAUCAUGUUUCGUGCAUGUGUUAUAAUGUCUUCCAAUUGUUUUUCAGUGCAACAAGAACCAGGGAUUAAAAUAGGUUCAGGAUUAUAUGUAACGAAUAGUUUAUAUAAUCAUUCUUGUGCACCAAAUACAUUUCGUCAUUUCGAGGGGCUGACAAUGAUUACCCGCGCUUUAAAACCACUAUAUCCUGGAGAUCAAAUAUUCACAAGUUAUGGUGCUGCAUAUGCAUAUAUGACAAGAUCUGAAAGAAGAGAAAAAAUAAUGCAAGACUAUUUUUUUGAAUGCGAUUGUAUCGCAUGUGAAUUUGAUUGGCCUAUAUAUGAAAAAAUUUUGCAAAAUCACAUUGGUUCUAUUAGUAAAAAUAAAGAGCUUGUAGGAAAAUUGAAACCUUAUAAAGAAAGGUUGGCGAAAAAUAUGUACGAUAUUGAUGCAGUAAAGUCGGUUCUUGGUAUAUUAUAUAAUGAAGUAUCCCAGCCAUGUGAAGAAAUCAUUCAUGCGGAACAAUACCUGAAGAGUUAUUAUUUAGGUAAAUUUAAGUAAAGUUAUUAUGAAUUUGCUUAUAUUAAUUUAUAUUUAUAGCUUUGCUUACCUGUGAAUAUUUAACAUUAUGCUUUAUAUCCUGCAAACCACUUUUAUUUAAAUAUUUUCACUUUGAAUACUUACUUCUUGCUUAUUAAUCUAAAAAGACUGCCUUCAUAGCUUAAAUUGUUUUGUGAAAAUUAUAUAUUAAUUGCUUGACUGCAAGGGUAUGUAAAAAAUUAAUAUUAGAUACUUGAAAUUCAGAUUCAAUUUUAUGAAUAUUAUUAUUUUCUUGUUUUUAGAUCCAUAAACAUCAAUUAAAUUAUCAAUGAAAGACAUAAAAUAUUCCUAAAAACAUUUUAUUGAAGUUAUACAUGAUAUUUAUCUAAUUCCUAAAAAAAUGUGCAUAGCUUCUUAUACACGAUACAUUUGUGUAAAUAUCCAAACUAAUUAAAAACAUGUAACAUAGAUAAUGAAAUUCAUUAAUGAAAAAAUUUAAAAAUCUAUAUCAUAUUUUCAAUAAUGCAAUAGAAAAAUUGAUAUAUUAUGUAUUUUACAUCAUUUACUGUAAAAAUCAAAUGCUUUACUCACAUAUACAAUAUAUUUUUACAUUAAAGCAUAUGAGGCUUGUAAAUUUACCGAAAUGAAUUUUUGUUGAUCUUAUUUUAUAAUAUAUUAUAAAAUAUUAAAUUAUUUUAUAAUAUAAACUAAUUAAAUGUCACAUUGUAAUCUUAUGAUAUUAAUAAAAACUAUAAAAGCAAUAAAGAUAAA